UUUCUGUUCUUUUCUCACUUUCUGUCACUAAUCUCAAAAGUCAUAAUAUUCUUAUUACAAUAAUAUCAUGUCCACCUAUUUGUAGAGCCGCGAAAGUAACUCAAGUAUAAUUUAUACUGGCUUAUUUUACAAUUGAUAAAUAAAUCUUUUCUCCAUGAUGAAAUAUAAAAUUCAGAAAAUGAGCACUGCUUUACUUAAAGUUAUAAGCCUAAAUUAAUUUUGAGAUAAAAAGACCCUUUUUCCUCAAUUCCUUCUUAUAAAAAUGGGAAUUAAAGGGCAGGAUGCGAUAUCCUGUAGAGGAGGUCUGGGUCUCCACAAGACUCGUGGGGAAAGACGAAUUCAGGAAAUGGAAAGGCAUCUCAAAUGUAUGAGGGAUAAAUUAUGUAUCCUUGAAACUAUGCUACCAAGAUCACUAACCAAUAGGAAAAUUCAAGAGGGUGAGCCAGAAACUGAUGGCCAAGAAGAUAAUUGCGAGGGUGGUUGUUCCAAUUUGAAUGGGGGAAAAGAAGACGAAGAACAAACGUGUUUUUUGAAGUCUUUGGCAAUAAAAGAGAACAAGCUUAGAGAAGAGAUUUUCCAUAUGGAAUGCAAGGAAAAAACAUAUCUAAAGGCUUUGUCUAAGGUAAAAGUCAAUCAGUGUGACAAAGAGGAAAUUAAAAAACCAGAAGACGAUAAUCUGCCUGAUCUUUCUCGAUCUGAUGAUCAUUCUCCGAGGUCUCGGAAAGGUGAAAGUGGCGUAAAAGAGAAAAUUUCACAAUUGGAAGAGUACAGCAAAAAACUUUGCCAAUGUCUCAGGAGUAUUCAAAACAAUCGAAUGGAAUGGUAUGAGGAAGCUGAAUAUUUAUCAAAGGAACUUAAUGUGUUUGAAGAUGACCGAGGAUUGGAAGAAUUUUGGGGAUUUUACAAACCUGAACGGAAUAAGGAAAAAGGAGAUGAUUGCCCUUGUGGAGAGCCAGCGAAAUGCAAUAGUUGUACCAUCUGCACCUGUUCUGAAUGGGAAGAAGAUUUGAAAAUAGGUCUAAAAGAAAAUCCGAAAGAAGUGAAAGAACCAAAAUUUAUAGAUGAGCAGACAGCGAAGAAAAAAAGUAAUUGUGAUUGUAAUUGUAAUUCUUCGGAUUCUAAGAGUUCCAAAUCUUUUGAAAUCAAUGAUAUUUACAAUUGCAGUUUCUCGAAAAUGCAGUCGGAAAUGUCGAUAGCAACGGCAUCGAUACCAUCGACUGAUGAUCUGAUGAUUGGAGAUGCAAAUGAUAAAAAAAACUUUUGCUGCCUCUGUAACCCUGAAGAUGAUUGUCAGAAAUUUUGCGAGAUCUGUUUGUGUGAAUGGGAACAGAAACAUCGGGAGAAUCAUAAGCUAUAUUUAGACGAAUAUGAUGAAUGUGAAACUUGCAACGAAGAAAGAUGUAGAGGAGGAACAGAUUUAGGAAUACUCAGUCAAGAAUUAUUUAAUAACGGUUUCAGGGAAAGUUUACUAAGUGUUAUCAAUAAAUUUACAUCUGCACCUGAGAACAAAAUAAAAGAAGGACACGACAAUUUAAAUAAAGAAAUGCCUUCUUCAGUCGGCUCUUCACAAAUUUACGAGAAUAUUGAAAUUGAACAGUUAAAGCUUAAUUUACAACUGUUAAAAGUUAGAAAUAACGCCCUAAGAAAAUGGAUCCAAGAUCGAAGUCACCAAAUAAAUGUUGAUCCAUCCAAGGAAAAAAUUAUUGCAGUCCUACUUGAUGAAUUAAAAAAUUUUGGUUCAGAUCAUCCAAAGAUACCAACUCAUUCUCGCAGGGGAAAACCCAGCUACGAAAAGAUGCCGAGGAAAGAUUUAGCAAUCGGACUGUUUGUUCUAAUCGCUGCUUGUUGGGAUCGCCGAAUAAACCUUUAGAUUCUGCGACUUUGAUCAUGAAAAGAGAAUUAAACUGCAUCAUUUCUUUCCGUUUUAUGAAGGCGACGUAACAGCCUUGCUCUAGAAGACCCUCGC